AUGUAUAACGAUCAAACAGACCUUGUGGAGCAUGUAAGCUACUUCAAUCAGAGAAUAGCUGUGCACUCCAAAAAUGAGACUUUAAUGUGUAAAGUAUUCCCAUCUAGUUUGGAACCUGUGGCGAUGAGGUGGUUUGAUGGCCUAGGGGCAGAUUUCAUUGAUUCCUUUAAGGAGCUCACCUGGGCAUUUGGAUCUUGUUUUAUCACAUGCAGUAGGGUUCCUUGGCCCUUUGAUUCCUUGUUGUCCAUGUCCAUGCGAGAAGGGAAGACACUGAAAACGUACUCAGACAAAUACUGGGAGAUGUUUAAUGAGAUCGAUGGGGACUUUGACGAUGUGGCUAUAAGGACUUUUAAGGUCAGCUUGCCUACCAAGCAUGAUUUGAGAAAGUCCUUGACCAAGAAGCUGGUAAGGAGUGUGCAUCGGCUUAUGGAUCGUAUUGACGAAUACAAGCUGGUCAAGAAAGACUAG